AUACACGGUCUACGCCGGCCCCAACUUCAACCACAUCGUCCAAUUCCGCCCGCAGUCCCUCCAUCCCGGCGCCAAGACCACCACCCUCGUCCCGGACGUGUGACGUGUCCUUCAAGCAAACCCUCGGCCACGACUUGACUAGGUACCUUACCCACCACUCAGGCUACGUGACUGGCCGAAAACCGCUGCUCGUUCGAUAUCAUGGCCACCCCCAUCCAGGUCCAGGGCAUCAGCCACCUGGAAUUCCUCUUCACCCACGGCUUCCCAGAGAACUCGCCCGCCAACAAGGCCUGGCGCAAGAACCUCGUCCAGGACAUGGCAAGGCUUUUUGCGCGAACGUGGAAGGCGCCGCAGGCGGUUGGCCAAGCCGCGCGUGAGCGCAUGGCGAAGAGAUUUGAAAAGGAGUUGCGGGCUUUGUUGAGCGCUUUGCCUGAGAGGUUUCACGCGGUCAUUUGUGGUGUGCUCGCGGCCCUGCCGAGGAUUUUGACACUUCCGAUGGUUUUGUUGCAUAACGACCUGAGUGGGUUUAAUAUCAUGGUGGAGGAGGAAGAGUGCCGUUUGGUUGGUGUCAUUGACUGGGCGGCGGCGGCGGAGAUUGGGCCGUUCGGGAUGAACCUCCAUUCGGCGCAGGACCUGAUGAGCAAGGUGCACUUGGAGGACGGCCGGAUUAGGUAUGAGGAUUAUGAUGACUUGGAGCGCUCGUUCUGGGAGACAUUGAGCGAUGAGGUUGGCGGGCUGAGCGACGGCACUAUCAAGGCUAUCAAGGCGGCAAGGGUCCUGGGGUUGCUGCGGUCUUGCGGCUUUACCAGCCAGCUCGCGAAUAUGCCGGAUCGGAUGCCGAUCAGGGAUGAUGACGGUGGGAGGUCCAACAUAAUGAUACUUGACGGGCUGCUGGUGAACCCAGCUACCCGGUUUGAGGAGUUGAAUGAAUGGCUCGACAAAGAAUGGAGAGGCAAGGGCCCGGGUUGAGCUAAAAAGGGGCGAGCUGCAUGGUACUAGCUAGCUUCGAUGAGCGUAGCCUUGAGGUUGCCCACAAUCUCCAGUUGAGGGGGAGGUUUGCCUGUACUAAAGACCUUGUGGUUCCCGGGAGUCAUCUUUCGUACCGCUGUAUUUCAGGC